AUGACUUCACCCACCGGAAAGAAGAUCUUACACUUCUCUUUCCUCAUCAUCUCCUUGGCCCAUCUAUUGCCUCUAUCCGCCUCCUCUCCGGCGGCGAUUAUAACCCCUUACGCCGUCGCCGCCGCCGGCAACAGUACUCCCACAGUCUACGAAGCUCUAGAAGAAUACGGGUUCCCAAUCGGGAUCCUCCCAAAAGGGAUAACCCGAUACGAGCUGGACAGAGCCACCGGAAAAUUCGCCGUCUACUUAAACAAGACCUGCACUUUCACAAUCGACGGCUACAGCUUGAGAUACCGGACCAAGAUUACCGGCGUCAUAUCUUAUCAGAAGCUCACGAACUUAAGCGGCGUCCAGGUGAAGAUCCUGUUUCUGUGGUUGGGAAUUGGGGAAGUCUCCGUCGCCGGGAACGACAUGGAUUUCUCGGUCGGAAUCGCUUCGGCGGAUUUCCCUUUGAAUAAUUUCUAUGAAAGCCCGCAGUGUGGAUGUGGGUUUGACUGCGUUGACCAUGGCCGCCGCCGACGCCGUUUUGGGUGGAAGCAUCUCGUGUCUUCUUCCUGA